AUGAUUGAGUGCCCAAAACAAGAAACAAGGAGAAGUAAGGCCAAAACGGCGGUUAGUUUGGCCUCGAGGCGGCUUAUUGGUGCAGCCCACCGAGGAACAGAGUAUGAUGUGUUGAAGAGUUUAAUAAUCGAACUCGAAAAGGCUUACGAUGAUUUCUGUGUAGCAAAUGAAGAAUUUGAACUUCUCGUGUCAGAGGAAGGGAACAGCGAACAUCGUGUUGUGAACGGAGAGGAUGUUAGUGAGUAUAGAGACACUUUUUUUUUAAUUUAAACAUAUUUUUAAUUUGUUUAAACAAACAAAGUUUGCCCCAAGAGCGCGUACGCUCAUCUAGGGGGCUCACUUCUUACAAUUGCAAAAUGUUUAAAUAACAUGCCAAGUAUAGGCCCUAUAAUAAAAAGAAAAAGAACUGACGACGGAAGUCAAGAAUCGUGCAAAUGAAAACGUUUUGUUUCAUUUAUAUACGACUGCACAAGAGAAAAUAACUCUCUGUUUGAUUCUAAUGAUAAUGAAGAUGAUCCAUGCAAAAACAUUUCAACAAUUUGCGCGUCGUUCAUUCUUGACCAAUCGUCAGCAAACAUCUGAGCAGCAGAGGAGAGCAGUUUCUGUCUUUGGGCAGCAAAAAUUGGACAAUGAAGAAAAUGUUUUAUAGUUUCAGUAUUAAAACCACACAUACAAACUGGGGAUACUUUACAUCCUAUUUUAAAGAGAUAAGAAUUUAAUGCACAAGCACCUAAGCGCAGGCGAGUGUGAUAAACAGAAGAAAAUCUAUCAUUGGAUAAAUUAUAAAUAACAUUUGGAACAGGUAAGUCAAAAAUGGUAGCUAAAGCGUUUUUAAAGAAAUCGAGUGAAACUAGCGAACGCGUCUCAAUAUUUAUGCUAUUCCACAGUCUUGCAGCAGAUGGAAAAAAGGAUCUAUAACGUUCAGUGUGACCAUUAAAAAGAGAAAAGUCUGAAACCGUUCUUAAAGAAUAGUUUGUUCUUUCGUAGACUUGUAAAGGAAGUAAUUCUUUAAGAUAAGUUGGACACAAGUUAUUUACAAUCUUAUAAUAUAAGAUAAGCUUAUGAAUUUUUCUUCUAGUAGACAUACUUUCCCAUCCCAUUUCUUGCAUGAGACGAUGCUUACUAGUUCCUUUUAUUGCCCCGGUUACAAUCUUAGCUGCCUCAUAUUGUACAUGCUCAAGUAGAUCACAAUCACUGGCUAUACCGUUGUGCCACAAUACGUCCGCAUACUCCAUAACAGGACGAAUAAGUGAUUUAUAUAGCUUGCCUAGAGUGUCUCUACUCACUUUAAAUUUCAGGCCUUUUAACAUAUUUAGCUUUUUAUUAGCAUUUUCAGAAAUAUUUACAAUAUGGGCUUUCCAAGAGAGGUUUGAUGUGAGUUUAACACCAAGAUGAGUAUGUUGCAAGACUUCACAAAUUUUCUCGUUUGCAAAAUAAAGAUCAGGAUGAGGUGGUUUAAAAACUGAAAAAGUCAUCCAUUUGGUCUUCUUUGUAUUUAUAGUAGCAAGCCAUCGUUUUGCCCAUUUUUCUAUUUCUUCAUAAGGUCAUUAUUCAAUUUUGUUGAAGACGUGUCUGGAUUGUCAACAGUAGAGAAUUUAAGAUCUACGACGCGGCCGGCUCAACGACGCGGUCUGAAUUUCAGCUAAAAAAUGAACGCUAAGCAAUUUCAUUACUGUAAUAAAUGUUUGACGAUUUUCAAAUAACAUUACAAACUGCUAAGUUUGACUAAAGCGAUGCAAUGUAUGAUGUAAUUUCGACUUUAAGUAUCACCUUUUGGGUCGCAAUAAGCUUCGCGUUGCUUGAAAGACGUGAUAAUGAUUAGUUUAACGUUCUGCUGAGCAUGACAAAGCCGUUGAGAAUACCCCUGGGACCACCAAUUUAUUCACAGUUUUUGUCUUGCAUGACAGAUUUCUUUCGCAAGCGCGUCGUUGAGCCGGCCGCGUCGUAGAUCUUAAACUCUCUAAUAUCAUACAAAGAAGUGUCGUCAGCAUAUAAUAAAGAAUAGGAUUCAAGAUUUUCGGUGAUAUCGUUUAUAUAAAUAAAAAAAAGCAACGGGCCAAGUACGGACCCCUGAGGCACACCUGCGUUUAUAUUUUUCCACUGUGAAUACUGGCCAUCUAUGACCACUCGUUGUUUCCGAUUAGAUAAAUAACUUUCAAACCAACUUAAUAAAGGGCCCCCAACACCAAUUAAUAGUUAAGCUUGUGUAAAAGACCCUUGUGCCAAACUCUGUCAAUUGAGUGUCAAACGCUUUACUAAUGUCAAUGAAAACCAUUCUUACUUCUUUGCCUUGCUCAAAUGCCUCGUGGAUCUUAUGUACUAAAUAUACUAGUUGAUUUACUGUCGAAUCACCUGGCCGAUAGCCUGAUUGCAAUGGGUUUAAAAAAUUUAUAUCCAACAAAAAAUUAUAAAGUCUUGUAAAAACGACUCUUUCAAUUAUUUUAGAUAAUGAAUCUAACAAUGAAAUCGGCCUAUAAUUCAACUUUGACUCACGAUCUACUUUAGUUUUAAAUAAUGGAAUAACAUAUUUGCUGCUUUCCACUGCUCAGGGAAAACUCCUGACGACAGUAAAAGGUUCACUAAAUACGUAAAAGCACUGGUUAUACCAUUUGCACAAAUCUUAAUUAUUCAAUUGCUUAUACCAUCUGGACCACAUGCUUUACUAAUAUCUACUUCACGUAAGAGGCUAUUUAUUUCAUAUUCAGUAGCAAUCACGUUUGACAAAAUAACAGAAGACUGAAAAGAUAUAAUAUCAUUAGGAAUAGUCGCAGCACCAUCAUCAAUGGUACUCUGACUACAAAAAAAAAUAGUGUUAUAAUGAGGCUAGGGAAGUAUUCUUGGAUCAAAAGGCUGCUGAGCAAGAAAUAAGCAAAAACUUGCAAUAGAAGUUUAGAACCAGCGAGAGUUGCCUUAAAGCUAGAUUCUAGUCGAAUAGGUGAGUUAAUCGAAACAGUUGAUAUAAACAUUAACUCUACCAGUCCAAGUAAACGAGCAUUGCAAUUAGACAAAGAAGAAUUGCAGGCAAUGUUAAAUGUGUUGUGUGGGAAAUUCUUUGAAUUGAGUUUGAUUGGGUCUUCAAAAUCAGAGCAAGAUAUUCAGUUACAUCUUCAGAUUGAUAAGAUUAUUGCACAAGGUUUUAAACCGGUUAGAUCAAUAAACCUAUACCUAUGUGACUGUCAAAGUUCUAUCCAGAAGACUCCAUCACCCCCUAUUGUAAAUCAAGUAGAUGCUGUGGGUGCAUCUGCUGCACUUCUUAAUAUAGACUCCCAAAAUAGUGCAGCCUCUACAUUGGCCCACCUAUGACCAAUCCCAGCUAGUACUCAAAUUAACCACACCCCUACUGCCCCCCCCCCCCAAGGAAGGGACAGUGAGUGUUAUCCCCCCACCCGCAGUUACAGAGACAGAUACUACCAUCAAUGUGUCUGCACCUGAAUUUAAAUUAAUUGUACCUUCAACAAUGAAUGAUCCAGUGAGUAGUUCUGUAAUCAGUGCCCAGACCAACUAUACAGGUAUCAAUCCCCAAGCCAUACCCCAAAGUGCAAGUACAUCACAGCAAACCUUUCCUAUUUUAUAUCAAUACCCAACCACCAGCAUCAUGUACCACCCCCCUCCACAGAUCAAUCCAUCUACAAUCAACACACCCCACCUCUUAAGUACCAGCACCGCCCCAAUCUACUUGUCCCCACCUGUCAAUCUCACGCCAAGUUUUCCACCAAAUUCGAUUGGCUUACACCAAUACCCAAGCAACACCCAACCCCACCUUGGUACAAGUAUGACCCAAGCAACAUCACAGCAAAUUGUCAGUAACACCAAUCCAUACCACAACACCCCCCUACUACCACACCAUAGUAUGACCACAAGUCUUUACAACAAUGUACCUCCACAGAAUUUGGUAAGUUCACCAGAGACAAGUAUGUAUUUGAAUAGUGUGUCCUCAAGUGCUCCUCCUACUAGCCCAUCAAUUAACAUGGAACUCACUCCACUACCGGUGAUUUAUUCUACUCCCAAUGCGAGCGAGACAUAUUUGGUCAACCCCAGCACAGUCCCAAUCCCCUCAGUCGGUCCACAACCUACACCUCACCUCAGCCCUAAUUCACUGGGUUUCAAUUCUCGGGUUCAGGUAAAGAAAAUGCCUUUUCCAACAUUCAGUGGUAACCGCAAAGAGUGGCCAGAGUUCAAAGCGAUUUGGAAAUCGGUCGCUGAGACAGCAUAUCAAAAUAAGACUGCUCUGGCCCAUAAGCUUAAAAGAUCGGUAAAGAGUGAGGCAAGUCGACGAAUAAGAUCAGUCAAUGUCACCAAACCGGAAGCAUACGAUGUCAUGUGGCAGAAGUUAGAAAGUUUCUACGAGGAUGUUCGUGCAAGUGUACAAGCUGCACUAGAAGAUUUACAUAAGAUUAAAGCCGUACCGACAAAUGAUUACAAAGGCUUGGUAGAACUUGUAGACGAAUUGGAAUCAGCGUAUAGUCAAUUGGAAGAGUUGGGAAACCUGGAUAUUUUGACGUUGAGAGAUGUUGAUUUCAUCACCGAACUGCUACCAUGUUAUUUGAAAGUAGAAUGGCGAAGAAGAUAUAGGGACAUCACGGCCAGUGAAAAGAUACACCCUUUCAUCCCUUUCAUGCAUUUCCUUGAAGGUGAACGAGAAGCAGUCUCGAAUGGCCGAGUACCAGCCAAAGGGAAGGAGAAAUGAAUUUCCAAAAUAUGAGCGAAGAAAGCAACAUGUACAAGGUUAUCAUGUAGGGAAGCAAUCCUCCAAGAAGUAUUACAAGUGUGCCUAUCCAUCUCACAGAAAGGACAGUAUCAGUCAUACCACAUCAGAAUGCAAAGAGUUUCAGAAAUUACCGGUUAGCGGGAAAGAAGGAAAAAGUGAACUCUUAAAACAAAUUAAAUUCAAAUGCUUUCGAAACCAUAGAAGGCUAGACUGUCCCAAGAAAGUUCCCUGUUCAUGUGGAAGUGGUCAACAUCAUCAGUUACUCUGUGAAUCCAAGCGUCCAGAAGAAAAUAAGGGUACCGAUUUCGCACGGAAAGAAACCCACGUUUUCGAUCGGAUUCAUUAUCCCUGUAUCCCAUCUACCAAACAGCAGUCUGUGGAAGCAACAAAACUGUAUCUGUUUUCUGUGAUGGAGGAUCAAAUGCCACCUACAUAA